AUGACUUUUGUCAUUUGCUUGGCCGGAUGGAAGAAGCCAGCUGCAGGGAAUGAGGAGCAAAUCAUCAUGGAGCCUUUGAAGAAGAGGAAGACUUCUGGCCAGACAUCCUGGAAAAAGUGCGGAGACAGCAGCAGUCCACUGUCCUCUGUUACCUCUUCUGCUUCUUGGAAAAAGCCUAGCCUUGGCGCAUCAGAGGUUGCAGUGACAGCAACUGCUAAAGCUGGUAAAACUGUUCGGCAUCAUGUCUCCUUGGAUGUCCCCAUGCUGUCACUGGUUGCCAGUAGUGAUGAUGGUGGGGAGCGGCAAAUGACAGAGUACAAGAAGAAGGCACUGGAUCCAGAUCGAAUUGCCAAAGUGCUGCUGGGGUCCUGCAGUUGUAAGAACAACUGCUUUGGCUGUUUUAAAGCAGCCAAAGUAUUAGAGGUUUGCCAGUUGUGGCAUUCAAUGACAGAUGAGGCCCAGCACCACUUCCUGAAUGCACAGUGGGAGAGCAGUGCUGAAAAUCAUUGUUUGGACUUUGAUGGAGAGCAGCUGGCUCACCGCACAAGCUGGUAUUUUGAGGGGCAGCAAAUUUGUUUGCCAGCUUUGUGCACCCUUCUGGGAGUUGGAAACAAGGCCAUGGCAAAGAAGCUGCAGGGGGUGGUGGACUUGCGCCGCAAAAUCAGUCAUGGCGAGCCAAUGUCUACAAGGCCUGCUUUGCAGAGGAAUUUGACUAGCAUGUUUUUUCUGGAGCUCUACCACCAAAGUGCAGAAGAUUUGCCUGAAACUUUGCAUGUGCAGCAUGUGGAUGAUAAUAUUUCUGCCAGCUUGGGCGAGAAUGACUGCGAUGCUCCUACAUACCUCCGUCAAAUUUCCACUGAUUCAGAGAUCUUCUCCUGGACACCUGAAGCAGCCAUUGUUCAGAACAUCAUGACGCUGUGCACUGUAGACCUGUCCACUGUUCCAGUCCGGCAUUUGCCACCAGGCAAGCUCAUGUCUUUGUUCUGGCAGUUUCAGGCAUGGUGUGAAGCUGUGCAAGGACUGGCUGGUCAAGCAAUCAAAACCCCAUCAUGGUCGACUUUCUGGAGACUGUGGUGGGAGAAGUGGUCGUCUGUGCUGAAGUUCCGAAAAGUUUCUCAGCACAAGGAGUGCGACACCUGCCACAAGCUGCGUGAGAAGUUGCAUGGCAAGAAGGGUAGCACCAAGGAGAAGAUGGAGCUGGCCCGAGACUGGCGUGAACAUCUUCGUGCCCAGUACCAUGAUCGGCUCAUCUACUGGAGCCUUCGGUGGGCAUCACGGUCGUCAUUGGAUGUCUUGACCAUCAUCAUAGAUUCCAUGGAUCAAGUCAAGACGGCAUGGCCUCAAUACAAGUUUGCACGCAAGCCGCAUUCAUUGGAAAGCCUCAAGAGGCCACGUGUCAUACUGACUGCAGUUCUCUGUCAUGGCUGGUGCUCAAAUGUUUUCAUUGCAGAUGAAGCUUUGCAUCAUGGGGCAGCGUCUUUUUGUGAGAUGAUUGCUCGCAGCCUGGACAAUGUGGCAGAGAUUGCCGAGAAGAAGGGCCGGACAUUCCCGCGGCACCUUGUGAUCCAGGCAGACAACACCACAGCCCAGAACAAAAACUCGUUGGUGUCAUUGUUCCUGGCUUACUUGGUGUCGGAAGGCAAGUUUUUGACGUGCACCUUCAACUUUUUGACAGUGGGCCACACACAUGAAGAUGUGGAUCAUUUUUUUCCCUGA